CGGUCGUGUCCCUGGGCAAGAUGGCCGCAGCAUAGCCGCGUCUCCUCGGCCUCGCGUUAUCAUCACGCUACUGGUGGUGGUUGGAGGUGGUUGAGGUGGACGUUUCUGCGGUGGAACCAUGGACGACCAGGGCUGCCCGCGGUGUAAGACCACCAAGUACCGAAACCCGCAGCUCAAGCUCAUGGUGAACGUGUGCGGACACACGCUGUGUGAGAGCUGUGUGGAGAUGCUGUUCGCGCGGGGUGCCGGCUCGUGCCCCGAUUGUGCGACGCCUCUGCGCAAGAGCGCGUUCCGCGUGCAGCUCUUCGAGGAUGCCCUCGUCGACAAGGAGGUGGAGAUCCGCAAGCGUGUACUCAAGACGUACAACAAGCGGGAGGAGGAUUUCCCAUCGCUCCGCGAGUACAACGACUACCUGGAGGAGAUAGAAGAUAUCGUGUUUAACCUGACCAACAACGUGGAUGUGGAAACCACAAAGCGGUGCAUGGAGCAAUACCAGCGCGACAACCGUGACAUUAUCCAGAAAAACCGCGUCAAGACGAGCCGGGAGCAAGAGGAGCUGUGCGUGGGGCUCCAGUGGGAGCUCGAUGAGUCGGAGCGCCGGCGCCUUGAGCUGCUGCAAGGGGAGCAGCAGCAGCGCGAUGCGCGCAAACGCGCCGCGCAGGCCUUGCUGGACCAGAUGGAGGCGUCCCAGCUGCCAGCACGCUUGCUCUUGGCCGAGCACCGUGAGCGCGUGGCUCAGGGCGAGCGCGAACUCCGUCGCCUCCACCCACCCGCUCCCCCCUCCACCACCUUCUCCACCGGCAUUAAGAUGAAGGUGCUGCUGGAGCCUGUUAUGUGCUCCCAGGAGUCGCUCUUCUCCUACCGUGCGGUGGAGCUCACUACGUGGGGGCCCCGUGCCCCCACCGAGGAGGAGCUGGGGCCCGCCGGGUAUCUGAGUCACGUGCGCUCGGCCUCAUCCCUGGAUCAAGGCGGCGGGUACUCUUCCGCUCUCGCCUGCCGCCGUGCGCUGCAGGACGCCCUCAGCGGCCUUUUCUGGCGGCCGCACGCGGCGGGAGGCGGGGGGGUGGUGGCAGGAGCGGCCGCCACCGGGACCACGUGACGGUGCCAUCCACACGACACCAGCUCAACACCCGGUCAUGCAGGUGUCGUGUAUGUCAACUUAGGCGCGCACACACUGUUGUAGGAGGCAACGUGUUUAUUAAACAAUUAACUAUA